AUGGAAGAAGAUCAGCCAUCGGCUGAGGUCGACCCGAUUGAAUUACCCAACGGCAAACGACGAUGGCGGCGAAACAGAGUAGCCUGCGACUCCUGCCACACACGUCGAGUACGAUGCGACCGAGCUUUUCCCUGUUCAAGAUGUCUGCGCAGUGACAUAAGCUGCGAAUUUACCCGUGAGCGCCGCAAGCGAGGCCGCAUAGCAAGAUCAAAGCCCAACGUUACAAACUGCGCCGAGGCCCAGGACCCCGAAGUCAAGUCUCAAAACGAGAGUGAGGAACACAAGCGCCGGUCGAUGCCGCAGUUGCAUCAGGUGUUGUCGCCGGCGGGCAAUAGUUCCCAUGGGUCAACCUCUCAGCGCUCGCGAGAGUCCAAUGAAGUGAGUGCUUUGUCGGCACCCAGCGUCGAUGAUCGCAGAUCUGUGGUGGAUGCCUCGCUGUCGCAGCGUCCGGAACCUGACGCAAACUUCAAUGUUACGGAGGAAUGGCUUGCAGCAGCACAUUUGUCGCCCGACUCGUACGAAUUGCUCAAUGGCGCAAGCGGCAGCGACCGGCCUCUCCCUCGUUUGAUAGAUCUUUGGAAUCCAGUGGACUUGGCUGGUCAUCGACCAAGUCAGCGCCCGCCACCCAUACCGUCUGUGUCCGGGGCGAAUCGUUCCGGACAGAGACAAUCGUCGGUAUCACGGUCGCCAUUGAAGUACCCGGUGUUGGAGCCAGUGAUGCCUUUCAUUGAAAACAACCUACCGCGUCGAUUGGUGUGUGAUUUGCUUGAACUCUACUUCACCAGUGCUUUUUCGACUCAUAUGCAUCCCGUGUGUCACCAUAUUCAUUGCUAUGUCUUGCGAAAGUCUUCCUUUCUCAGUGUGGAUCGUCCCCGGCCGACAAGUCCUGCGUUGUUGGCAAGUAUGCUAUGGGUUGCUGCUGUGGAUGACCGAGCAUUUUCAUUAUCCAUCUCGCCUCUGCAGCGCAGAAAAAUAUGUCAAUUUCUCUGCGCGUUGAUCAUUCGGCUCCUACGUCCUUUGAUCCAUGUCUCCUUCAAAGACCAGGACCCUUCACCGGCCGAAAAUGCGACUACAGCGCAAGAUUUCUCAGCCGCCAGCGCCCACCACCCAUUUGAAGGGGUCGGCGAUGAUAAAGGAUUGGUGGGCCCCGCUGGCUCUCUAGAUGAUGUUAUUACAUAUAUUCAUGUUGCGUCUAUUAUCUCGUCUAGUGAGCAGAAGGCGGCAAGUAUGAGAUGGUGGCAUGCGGCUUUUACGCUAGCUCGAGAACUCAAAUUGAACCAAGAGAUGGAAAUUACCCCGAGCGUGGACAGCCUGACAGAUGGCUCAAGUCCUUCCUUCGGUUACGGAUUAGGCGGAUGGCCUGGUUCUCCCGGCGCUCUGGGCUUUGACUACUCGAAUCCAUCACGCCCAAGCUUAAAUUGCGUGUGUGACAAAACGCAUGAUCUGCACAAUGGAUCCAUUACGGAAGAGCACCGCGAAGAGCGACGCAGAACGUGGUGGCUCCUGUAUAUCAUGGACCGUCAUUUGGCAUUGUGCUACAACCGUCCACUCGCCCUCCUCGAUGCCGAGAGCGAGGACUUGCUCCUUCCUCUAGAUGAAAGCGCCUGGCAAGCAGGCAUUAUUCACAGCAAUAGCCCUCGUCCAGACGGCCCCCAAUGCCUUCGGUCGGGUAACCAAAACAAACGUCGCAUCUUCCCCAACUUCAUUUGCCAUGACCACUCCAUUCUCGGCUUUUUCCUACCACUGAUGACCAUCACCGGAGAACUAAUCGACCUCAAUCAGGCACGGAAUCACCCCACUCUCGGCGCUCGCCUUCAAGGCAAAGAGGCCUGGGAUAUUCACGUUGCCGAGGUGCUCCGCCAGCUGGAGAUCUACAAGGCUAGCCUGACGACGUUUGCAGCGGCGACCGCGGCAGACCCCGAAGCAUCAUUAUCGAGUGCCUACACCCAUAAAUCGGAUCAACCGGUCGAUCCUCAAUUGUCGCAGGCGUAUUCUUGGCACACCCAAACUGUGAUUGCCUACUCAUCUUAUCUCACUCACGUCCUCCAUAUCCUUCUGGUCGGAAAGUGGGACCCUGUCUCAUUGAUCGAAGACAAGGAUUUCUGGACCUCUUCCCCUGCCUUCGCAUCUACCAUCUCCCACGCGCUAGAAGCAGCCGACUCCGUGCAACAGAUUCUCCGUUUCGACCCUGACAUCAGCUUCAUGCCGUAUUUCUUCGGCAUUCAAUUGCUCCAAGGCAGUUUUCUGCUGCUCCUGAUUGUAGAGCGACUUCAGAAAGAAGCGGGCGAGGGCAUACUCAACGCAUGUGAAACUAUGAUCCGGGCCACCGAGUCCUGCGUCGUCACCUUGAAUACCGAAUAUCAGCGCAGUUUCCGACAGGUCAUGCGCUCCGCCGUUGCGCAGGCGCGGGGUCGCCCGGUCAAUCCGAGUGAAAUUCGACAUCGCCGCAAAGCGGUUCUAGCACUAUACCGCUGGACCCGCAAGGGCACUGGAUUGGCUCUUUAG